GGCGACGAGCUGCGCUCAGAAGCGCUCUCUCGAGAGUGCGCACUGCUCGUGUGCGCACACCCAUGUGCUUUGCGCUCGCCGGUAAUGAAGGAUCGUAGCGAGGCAAAGCCCAGGUUUUAAAGCGCGUAGUUCCCGUUCAGUGCCCGUCUUCCGACGGACUGGAAGACCACAAUGGACCUAAUCACAAUUCUAGAAAAGACAGUUUCCCCAGACAAAAAUGAACUCGAAGCAGCGCAGAGGUACUUGGAACAAGCCGCGCAGAAUAAUCUGGCGGAGUUCCUCAAGUCGCUGUCGGAAGUGCUCCAGAAUGCCGGCAACAGCCCGGUUGCUCGGAUGGCGGCCGGCCUCCAGAUCAAGAACAGCCUGACCUCCAAGGACGCCGACCUGAGGACACAGUACCAGCAGCGCUGGCUCUCCUUCCCGCAGGACACGAGGGCCUACAUCAAGAACAACAUCGUGUCCGCCCUGGGCACGGAGACGAUACGUCCCAGCUCGGCGGCGCAAUGCGUGGCCUACGUGGCGGUGGCGGAGCUACCGCAGAUGCAGUGGGCUGACCUGAUCGGGCAGCUGACAGGCCACGUCACCAACCCGAGCUCGACGGAGAUGCUCAAGGAGGCCACCCUGGAGGCCAUGGGCUACAUCUGCCAGGACAUCGAGCCCGAGGUGCUCGUGGGCCAGUCCAACGACAUCCUGACGGCCAUCGUGCACGGCAUGCGCAAGGACGAGCCCUCGGAGCACGUCAAGCUGGCCGCCACCACCGCCCUACUCAACUCGCUCGAGUUUACGCGCGCAAACUUCGAGAAGGACUCGGAGCGCCACUUCAUCAUGCAGGUGGUGUGCGAAGCGACGCAGUCCGCCAACACCCAGGUCCGCGUGGCGGCCCUCCAGUGCCUGGUGAAGAUCAUGUCACUUUACUACCAGUACAUGGAGCACUACAUGGGGCCCGCCCUGUUCGCGGUGAGUGACUGCGACCGCUGCGGGUGCCUGAAGCGCGACUGCCCACUGAGCUGGAUCCCUGAAGUGGGGGAAUGCCUGCCGAAACAGACCUCUGGAGUUGCCUUCCGUCUCCCGCAGAUCACGAUGGAGGCGAUGAAGAGCGACAUUGACGAGGUGGCCCUUCAGGGCAUCGAGUUCUGGUCCAACGUUUGCGACGAGGAGGUCGACCUCUCCAUCGAGGCAUCCGAGGCAAGCGAACAAGGGCGCCCUCCGGCCAGGACGUCCCGCUUCUACGCCAAGGGGGCUCUGCAGUACCUCGUCCCCAUCUUGGUGCAGACCCUCACAAAGCAGGAGGAGCACGACGACGAGGACGACUGGAACCCGUGCAAGGCGGCCGGUGUGUGCCUGAUGCUGAUGGCGAGCUGCUGCGAGGACGACAUGAUUGCCCACAGCCUACCCUUCGUCAGGGAGCACAUCAAGCACCCCGACUGGAGGUACCGGGACGCGGCAGUCAUGACCUUUGGCUGUCUCCUGGAGGGCCCAGACCCAGCCAUCCUCAAGCCCCUGGUGGAGCAGGCCAUGCCCACCCUGAUUGAGCUGAUGUCGGACGAGAGCGUGGUGGUCCGCGACACAGUGGCAUGGACCAUCGGCCGCGUGUGCGAGAUCAUCCCAGAGGCGGUGGUCUCGGAGAACUACCUCGGGCCGCUGCUCCAGGCCCUGGUCAAGGGACUCGGAGCGGAGCCGCGCGUUGCGGCCAACGUCUGCUGGGCGUUCAACAGCCUGGCGGAAGCGGCCUUUGAGGCGGCGGAAACACCCCCCGACCGCACAGAGCCGGAGACCUACUGCCUGUCGGAGUACUUCCAGGGCAUCGUCUCCAAGCUGCUAGAGACCACCGAAAGGGUGGAUGGGGGCCAGGCGAACCUGCGCAGCGCGGCGUACGAGGCGCUGAUGGAGCUGGUGAAGAACUCUCCCCGGGACUGCUACGUGUGGGUGCAGAAGACAACCAUGAUCAUCCUGGAGCGGUUGCAGCACGUGCUGGCCCUGGAGGGCCACAUCCAGAGCAGCUCGGACCGGGCCCAGUACAACGACCUGCAGUCGCUGCUCUGCGCCACCCUGCAGAGCGUGCUGCGCAAGAUGACCCUCGAGGACGCCCCCAAGAUCUCGGACGCGGUGGUCACCGCCCUGCUCCAGAUGUUCAGCUCUAGUAGCUGCCGCUCUGGAGGGGUGCAGGAGGACGCCCUCAUGUGUGCCUCCACCCUCGUCGAGGUGCUGGGCGACAAGUUUGUCAAGUACAUGGACGCCUUUCGGCCGUUCCUGGAAAUUGGUCUCAAGAACCACGCCGAAUACCAGGUGUGCUCUGCGGCGGUGGGGCUGACGGGAGACAUCUGCCGCGCCCUCGGAUCCAAGGUGCUGCCCUUCUGCGACGACAUCAUGACGAUGCUGUUGGAGAACCUUGGUAACAACAACGUGCACCGGUCGGUGAAGCCCCAGAUUCUGUCGGUGUUUGGGGACAUUGCCCUGGCCAUUGGGCCGGAGUUCAAGAAGUUCCUCGACAUUGUCCUGCAGACCCUGGCACAGGCCUCGGUCGCGUACGUGGACAAGAACGACUACGAGAUGGUGGAGUACCUAAACGACCUGCGGGAGGGCUGCUUGGAGGCCUACACCGGCAUUCUACAGGGUCUCAAGGGGGACCAGAGCUGCCCCAGUGCGGACGUGCAGUUGCUGUUGCCGCACGUGCCACACAUUGUCAACUUUAUCUCGUCCAUCGCCCACGACGUGGAUCGGUCGGACACCAACAUCGCUUCUUGUUCGGGGCUCAUCGGGGACCUGUGCACCGCGUUCGGGGUGUCGAUGCUCACCCUGGUGGACAAUGACUCUGUGACGGAACUGCUGAACCAGGGACGGCGCUCCAAGACUACCAAGACCAAGACCCUGGCCUCCUGGGCCACCAAGGAGAUCAAGAAGCUCAAAGGCGGAGCCUCCUCGUGAUGACUGCUGCCGGCUUGGCUCUUUGGGGACCCCUUCGUCAACGGGACCCUCAAAGUGUGUGUGACGUCCGUGGCCAGAAGGGACCUCGGGGGAGGGGGACGACACUGUUGUCAUGGGCGCCAAGUGGAAACCCCGGACGGCACAGCCUAGGGAGAAACCUCGGCACCCCCGCGUGUCUCCAGCCCUGCCUCUUUUAGUCCUUCCGCCUCGAUCGACACAGUUUUAGGGAGCCCGUCGAGGGAAAACCCCUGUCCGUCUUCGGUUAGCCGACACGAGAGAACUUUCUUUUCUUCCUUGUCUUUCCCCACACGAGGAGCUUCGAGGAGUGUUUCAGCGAGGUCCUUGUCUCUCUCUCUCUCUCUCUAGGGAGUAACCCCUCCUCGGUUACUCUCUUUGGGGAGCGUUUAUUUCUUUUGGAUUGCGAGAGGAGAGGUUGCUCCCUUCGGGGAGCAACGUUUCCCCUUAGGUUGCUCGAAGCAGCUCUCGGCGAGAAGCUUUUGUCUCUAAUAGGAUGGUCCCGUCUUUCUGCACGCGGAGUGCAAGGACGCAAUUAAUGUACAUUUUGUGAGCAGUUCUGGGGUCGUGCUUCCUCUCUAAACGUCUCCCGCCGACCACCCCCGCGCUUGAUCGGAUGGCGGGUUCGGGAAGUGCCUUAAAGUGAACAAGAAUGCAGACAGAGGGAGACAGCGUUUUGCCCCUCAGAUUCGUCGUCGGUCGUACUAGUAAACAAAUCGGCUUGGUAUUUCUUUUUUUGAUACGACGGCGUUAGGUAAAAAGACAAAAGACAAUGAUGAUGCAUAGGUAACGACGUUUGCACUUGUGACGAGAGAGAGAGGAUACCACCCUUUGCCCCCUUUUCUGCCCUUGUGAAUGCUGUGCAUUUUAUCCUCCUACUGUCUUUCCCCUUCCUUUGUCCCCACCAAUUAGUUCUAUUUUUAUUUGUACAGAGUUUGUAUUGAGAAACUGCCGCCGCAUUGGUUGUUUUGCGGGCGGAGUUUCAGCCCCUCAAGUCACGUACCGACGGGCUGGUGGAAAGACCGUCUCGAACGCUGGCGCACUGGCCAUUCCAACCUUCCUGGCAAAAUAAAAGAGCGGAUGGAGUCAGCAUGGUUUACUAA